UGCAACCUUGUUCUCAACUGUUUAUGGCGUUAUCCCUGAUGAAUCUUGAGCUAAAUGAAGAGUUAAGAGUAAAAGAGCUACAACAGCCAUAUCAAGAAAGUGGGAAACAUAUCUUAGGAAACUUCUCGUUUACAGAAGAUGGAAUAGGAGAGUCAUUAAGCACUGAAUGUAGAAGAAAAGACACAAGACUGAAACAGUUAAGAAACGAGGACUUACAAAAGCUUAGGAGGUGCCGAUGCAAAGGCUCCAACCUCUUUAUAUUAGAAUAAUUCAGCGAGCAAACAGCAAAUACAGCAUCAGGCAGCCGAACUUGUGCGGCCGUCAUACUCAAUAGACCCGGACACAAUUGAGCAAAAUUUUCUCUGUCGACUGUUGCCAGUGGACUUUUGGACAUGAUUCGCCCUGAUGCUGUGAAAAAGCUUCCUCAUCAUGAACAACUUGAAUUUUGCUAUACCAGAGCCAAAUACCGUCAGGGGAGAAAGUUGACGUCAGUCAAAGUUUACACUGUUAAUGAUGAGUCUAGAUACUUAAUUGUCACUGGUGUGCCUGCUGUAAAGAUUCUUGAAGAACUGGAAAGGCUGUGUCUCAGAUAUGGAAAUAUAGAAUUAUUUGAAAUUCUUCCGGAUUAUCCUCAACCAAGUUUUGAAGAAGCAUAUCUUUUAAAGUACAAAAAUAUUAAGAAUGCAAGGUUUGCCAAGGUGAAGUUAGAUGGAACAUCUUUUUAUGGAGGAAUUUUACAUGUAUGUUAUGCACCAGAGUUGGAAUCUUUGGAAGAAACCAGAGAAAAAUUGGCAGAUCGUCGGAAGAGCAUAGCAGCCUUGACCAGAUAUAAGAUGAAUGCUAGUGAAGUAAACAAAGCAAAACAAAUGGAUAAUGUACAGAUUCAUAGGGCUGCAACAAAGCGCUAUCUAUCCCAGAUGAAAGAAGAUGUGUCUUGUAUGUAUAAGAAAUAUUUUGACACAGAUAAAGAAGCAAGUAAAAAUGUACCUUCUCAAAGUACAUGUGUAACUGAAAUACCCUUGAAGACCUCAUGUGACUUAGUGGAAAAUAUACAUUAUGAUGACAAAUUAAUAUCCUCCAAAGAUUCUAAGCAAACUGAUACAGUUCCAUCUACUGCAUGGAACAACCCAUGUGUACCACAGGCAACUACCAAGUCAGACACCUGUAAACUGAAUCCUCCAAGCAAAAAAAAAAUAAGAAUGUUCAAAAAUAAAAAAAUAUUGUCAUAUUCCAUUAAAGAGAACAAUUGAAUAUGGAGUUUAUAUUUUUGUAAUAGGUUUUCAACCAACACAUGAAAAUGUUCAUUCAUUUAACAAUUCACAUUUAUGAUCUGUUCUCAUAUAUCACUUAUAUAUCACUCAUAUAUCACUUAUAUAUCACUUAGCAGUGAUAUAUAAAAAAUCUUCUCCAUUAAGAUCCUGUUUUUAUGUGAAAAUUUAAAAAUGUAAAUAUUGUACAUGAACUUCCCUGCCAGAUAUAUACUUAGCUAUAGUCUCCGACGUUCCGACAGA